UUUCCCCCCUCGUUUACCCGACCCGUCGUUCCACAACAAAAACGACGACAGUUGGCUGCUGCAUUCGGUCGUGGUUUGUCAUUACGCCGUGGUGCUUCAUUGGUGUUAUUUGGACACGGUGCAAUACGCCUAGUUCUUUAAAUCUUAAAAUAUCAAAAUGGCUGACCAACUAACUGAAGAACAAAUCGCAGAAUUCAAAGAGGCGUUUUCGCUGUUUGAUAAAGAUGGUGAUGGAACAAUCACAACCAAAGAAUUAGGAACCGUUAUGAGGUCCUUAGGACAAAACCCUACGGAAGCGGAACUACAGGAUAUGAUAAACGAAGUAGAUGCGGACGGUAACGGUACAAUCGAUUUCCCAGAAUUUCUCACCAUGAUGGCACGUAAAAUGAAGGACACAGAUAGUGAAGAAGAAAUUCGUGAAGCAUUCCGAGUAUUUGAUAAGGACGGUAACGGAUUUAUAUCUGCAGCAGAAUUACGCCACGUUAUGACCAACCUGGGUGAGAAACUCACGGACGAAGAGGUCGAUGAAAUGAUUAGGGAGGCCGAUAUCGACGGAGAUGGACAAGUUAAUUACGAAGAGUUCGUCACUAUGAUGACUUCAAAGUGAAGUGAAUGCUUAACGGCAUUUCAGCUUUCAAUUGUUUCAGCCUGGCCCACUAUCUACAUUUUCAAACAUCUUGAACUUUGCUUGGCUGCUGGGCAACUAAAGUGAUUUAAAUUUAAAUUAAAUGGUUACUUGGUUAAUUUACGAGACAAGUUUAAUUAAUAAAGUAAUUAUAAUAAUCGUGUAAAUUUUUGUAAUAUAUUUGUUUCUUUUGGAUUCAUCGUUAGUGUAGCAUGAGUGGUGCAACACCAAAGUUAUCUCAUACUGUACCGACUUCUGCAUAAUAUAUUGUGCUACAUGUAUAGUUGAGUCAGCCUAGGAGUCCUUCACAAAGUAUGGAACAAUCGCUUUCGUACUUAGUAUAUAAUUAUAUCUUUGAAAAAAUUGGUGUUUAGCUAGAGAGGGGAUACAUGCAGACUGUAGCCACACUCCAUGUCAAUGUUUCAUACUUUGUGAUCAUACAUCUGUGCACUUAACACUGUGUAUCCCCUUAAAUCAAAAUUUCUUUCUCGUCGGCGCAAUUAUCUUUCCUGUUUACUAGUAUAAUUUUAUCAACUUGUAGUUAGAUUUUAAAAAAUGCUUUUAUUUUCACCACAACUAUGUUUUUUAUGGUUAAUUUAUUACUUUAAUCUUAAGUCUAUCAGUUACAACAUGUGGAAUUAGAUGUUUAAAUUUUAAAUAAAUGUGACUGGAAAAAAUA